AUGGGCUUCACUCUCCUCAUCGACAACUACGACUCGUUCACCUGGAACAUCUACGCAGACAUCGCAGCCAUCGGCGGCAACCCCUACGUCGUCCGCAAUGACAAGAUCACCCUCCAGGAAAUCCAGAAACUGUACGAGACGGACCAGAUCGCCCGCAUAGUCAUCUCCCCCGGUCCUGGUCACCCCCGGACCGACUCGGGUGUUUCUCGGGAUGUCAUCCAGUGGGGUAUGGGCAAGCUCCCUAUUAUGGGCAUCGGAUACGCCGGCGAAAUCAUGCACGGCAAAUCCUCUCUCGUCACGCACGACUCUAUCGGCUGCUUCCACGACCUUCCCCAAGACCUCUCUUCUAUCCGAUACCACUCCCUCGCCGCGUCCAUCUCCACCAUCCCCCAAUGCCUCCAAGUCACCUCCACCAGCAAAGAGAGCGGCGUCAUCAUGGGUGUGCGUCACAGGGUGUACACUGUGGAGGCCGUGCAGUACCACCCCGAGAGCUGUUUGAGCGAGGGGGGGAAGGGGUUGAUGGCCAACUUUCUAAAGCUGAAGGGCGGCAAGUGGGGUGGGGAGAAUGCGUGGUGCGGGGUCGUACCCGAAGGCGAAGCUUCCACCGAACCCGCCGAGCCCAAAAAAGUCACCUCUUCCAACGGCACCGGCGCGCCUAGCCUCCCCACCAUCCUCAACAAAAUCCACUCUCAGCGUCUCCAAGACAUCGACCAAUCCAGAACCAUCCUCUCCACCACCCCAGACAACGUCUCCAAAUCCAUCGCCCUCCACACCGCUCCCCCCCUCAUCAGCUUUUACGACCGCGUGAAAAACACGCCGCAUACCGCGAUUAUGGCCGAGAUCAAGCGCGCGAGCCCGUCCAAGGGGGAUAUUGCGCCGGACGCUUCUGCACCCGAGCAAGGACUCAAAUAUGCGCUGGCGGGUGCGUCGGUCAUUUCGGUGUUGACGGAACCAAAAUGGUUCAAGGGUUCGUUGAUCGACAUGCUCGCUGUCCGAAAUGCCGUCUCCACCCUGCCCAACCGCCCUGCCAUCCUCCGCAAAGACUUUGUCCUGAGCACCUACAUGAUUGACGAAGCCCGUCUCUACGGCGCCGACACCGUCCUCCUGAUCGUCGCCAUGCUCGACCCCGACCUCUUGUCUACGCUGUACAACUACUCUGUCAGCUUGGGCAUGGAACCCCUCGUCGAAGUAAACAACCCCAAAGAACUCGAGCUCGCCCUCCAAAUCGGCUCAAAGGUCAUCGGUGUCAAUAACCGAAACCUGCACGAUUUCAACGUCGACAUGAGCACCACCACCCGCGUCAACGCAGCCCUCAAGGGGCGGGGGGACGUCAUUCUUUGUGCGUUGUCCGGGAUUUCGCAGCCGAAGGAUGUAGAGACGUAUGUGAAGGAAGGAGUCAAGGCGGUACUCGUUGGGGAAUCUUUGAUGCGUGCGAAAGAUACGGGGGCGUUCCUCCGAUCCCUUAUCGGUCUGCCUGAACCCGCUCAGAAGCAAGUCCAAGAGCAGCCUUUGGUCAAGAUCUGUGGUAUCAGAUCCGCAAAAGAGGCGCAGCUCGCUAUCGAUGCCGGCGCAGAUUUAUUGGGCAUCAUCCUCGUCCCCGGUACCAAGCGCUGCAUCUCUCUCGAUACCGCGCGCGAAAUCGCCCAAGUCGUCCGCACCGCCCGCGCCUCCCGCCCUUUCCCCUCCUCCCCCGCAAUCCCGUCCUCCCCCGAACCUUGGUUCAGACACAACCUCACCACUCUCUCUUCCCGGCCCAAACCCCUCCUCGUCGGGGUCUUCCAAAACCAACCCCUGGCCUCUGUGAUCCACCAGACCACAGCGAUCGAGCUGGAUUUGGUACAGUUGCACGGGGACGAACCCCAACAAUGGGCGCAGUUCAUUCCCGUGCCCGUUAUCAAAGUAUUCCGCGUUGACGACGAAGGCAAAGUCCGGGGCGGGGAGGUCGCGAGGCCGGGGCAGAACAGCUUUAUCCUCCUCGAUAAAGGUACCGCUCAAGGCGGUGGUGGGGAAGGCCUGUCUUUCCCGUGGAAAGUGGCCAAGUCGCUCAUCUCGGCGGGCGAAGCAAACUCUUUGGCGCAUCCUUUGCCUGUCAUCCUUGCUGGAGGGCUGACGCCAGAGAAUGUGGGGACGGCUAUAGAAGAGACGGGGGAUGGGGUGUGGUGUGUGGAUGUUUCUAGUGGGGUUGAGGGAGAGGGGGGUAAGGAUGAGGAAAAGGUGAGGGCUUUUGUUAAGGCUGUCAAGGGUUAG